CGUCAAAACGUCACUGGGGAUAUUCUAGGUCUUUUUUCACUUUACCCCUUCACCACGUCAACUUGCUUUUGGAAUUGCAUCGCUCCCUUCCGGCCGAUUUCUCCCCCGGGACACGUGGAAUUCCGGUUCGCGCGACAUGGCGUCGUCCGACGACGAGGCCGACGCCUUGCCGGAGACGGUGUCGACCUACUUCUUCGAGGAUCACGACGACGAGCCGGUCUCGUUCUCCGUCCUGCCGGUGAGUUGGACCGACGGGGACGGCGGCGAGGAGGACGCGGCGGCGGCGGAGGAGACCGUCUUCCUGCACGGGAAAGCCGACAACGGCCUCCGAAAGAUUUACAGGGAGGUCAAGUCCUGGAGGUUUGAUCUCGGCCGCUCGAGGCCCGAGGUGUCGGUCCUCUCCAAGGACAACAUCUGGUUCAAGUUGGAUAAGCCGAGGAGGAGCUUUCAGGAUACGAUCAGGACCGUGUUGAUCACGCUGCACUGCCUGCACUACGCCAGGAACCACCCGGACGCGUCCCGAGAAGCGCUGUGGGAGCACUUGGCUAAAACCCUUGGGUUCUAUGAGGUCCGGCCUUCUGUGAAGGAUUUGCAGGACCAUGUCGCGUUAAUUAAAGAGGCUAUAGGGAGGGAUGGUGCAUUGGCGAAAUCCAAGGUUCUGAGCAAAUUAAUGGAAGAAAGGACCUGGGAGAAGAGCAAAUCUGGCGAGCACGUUGCAAAGCCUAGUUUUAUUGUGGAUGAUCCCGAAGAUGUCGGGAUGGAAGAUGUUGAAGAUGAGACUGCUGAGGAUGAUGAUUGUUUUGAUUCUGUUUGUGCGCUAUGUGAUAACGGUGGCAGCCUUUUAUGCUGUGAUGGAAAAUGCAUGAGGUCAUUUCACGCUACUGAAGAAGAUGGUGAAGACUCGCUUUGCGAUUCUCUUGGAUUUUCACAGCAUGAAGUUGAUGCAUUGCAGAUUUUUAAGUGCGGAAAUUGUAGAUACAACCUGCACCAGUGCUUUGCAUGUGGGAAGUUGGGCUCAUCUGACAAGUCUUCUUGUGCUGAUGUCUUCCAAUGUGUUUCUGCUACUUGCGGCCACUUCUACCAUCCCCAAUGUGUAGCAAAAUUGCUCCAUCGCAGAGAUGAAGUUGCUGCAGAUAAACUUAAGCAGAGGAUUGCUUUAGGAGAAAGUUUCACGUGCCCUGUGCAUAAAUGUUGUGCUUGCAAUCAAAAUGAAAACAAGAAGGAACAUGAUCUACAAUUUGCUGUAUGCAGACGAUGCCCCAAGUCUUACCAUAGAAAAUGCUUGCCAAAGGAAAUUGUUUUUGAAGACUCAGAUGAAGAUGCAACUAUAAGGGCAUGGGAGGGAUUACUACCUAAUCGCAUAUUAAUUUAUUGUUUAAAGCAUGAGAUUGAUGAAGAUAUUGGGACACCAGUGCGAAAUCACGUGAAGUUUCCUACUAUUCAAGCAAAUAGGGCUGCCAUUGGAGUGAAAAGGAAAAGACCAGUAUUGGAAUCACUCUCCACUGGAGGGAAAGGUUUAAAGAAGAAACCUGUUGCUUCGGAGGACUCCUUGAAAAGAGCUUCAGAAAAACAGUCGCUUGGAAAGGAGAAAUCCCCUUUCACAAAGAAAGAAGGUGAAAAAGACAAAAAAGUGAAAGUAUCAUCUGGACAAGCUAUAGCCAACAAAGUCAAAGCGACAUAUGCAUCCAAGAAAUUUCACAAGGAUACUGCCGAGUCCAGGUCUUUGGAGGCCAGCACAUCUUUUACCAUGAGGGAGCACACUUCUCUGGGCGGUGAAAGGUUGCAUUCCUCCAUGACAAAGGCAUCUGAGCAAAUAAAACCAGGAAAACAAGUUGUACCAGAUAGUGAAGAGAGAAGAGCAGUGCAGCCUGCUUCUGGGAGUUCAGAUGACUCCCUUCCUGCACUAGAUGCUGACACAGAGAGGAGGCUUUUGGAUCUAAUGCAAGAGGCUUCAUCUACACUAAGUAUGGGAGAUGUUAUGAGAAAGCAGAAAGUGCCAUCUACUCAUGCACAAUAUCUAAAGUCAACUGUUGAUAAGGCAAUUACUAUUGGGAAAGUGGAGGCUGCAGUUCAGGCUCUUCGAGCAGCUUUGCAGAGGCGAGAGGAAGGAGACAGCAAUGAAGAUGCAAAAACUGUCUGUGACCCAGAUGUUCUAACCCAGAUAUUUAAGUGGAAGGACAAGCUUAGAGUAUAUCUUGCACCAUUCAUAUAUGGUAUGCGCUACACUUCCUUUGGUCGACAUUUUACAAAAGCCGAUAAACUUCAAGAGAUCGUUGACAAACUCCAUUGGUAUGUUCAGGAUGGUGACAUGAUUGUUGACUUCUGUUGUGGGGCUAAUGAUUUUAGCUGCCUAAUGGCAAAGAAGCUUGAAGAGACUGGAAAGAAAUGCUCUUACAAAAAUUAUGAUGUUUUUCCACCAAAGAAUAACUUCAACUUUGAACUAAGGGACUGGAUGACUGUCCAACUAAAAGAGCUACCUCCUGGGUCGAAAUUGAUCAUGGGGCUAAAUCCUCCUUUUGGAGUUAAAGCAGCUUUAGCGAACAAGUUUAUUGAUAAAGCUCUUGAAUUCAAACCAAAGCUCCUUAUUCUGAUUGCUCCAUCAGAAACUGAAAGACUAGAUGAGAAAAAGUUCCACUAUGAUCUGGUGUGGGAAGACGAUCGAUUCUUGUCUGGAAAGUCAUUUUAUUUGCCAGGGUCUGUUGAUGUGAAGGAUAAACAAAUUGAACAGUGGAACAAUAAGCCACCAUUGCUGUAUCUGUGGAGCCGUCGAGAUUGGUCUGCAAAGCACGAGAUCAUAGCCCAAGAGCAGGGUCACUUGCCGACGAAGAGUGAGAGGCUGCGGUCAAACGAUGACUGCAAUAAAUCACUGGAUUUUCAUCAUCUGAAAGAUGACCGGAGCCUUUGCGUUGGUACUUCGUCACUUACAAGUAAUACAUCCAUGCCAAAGGGUAGGCCUGAAGAAACCAAAGACAGAGUCGAUAUGGCUGAAGGUCAAAAAGGGCGUUUUUCUCGAAAUGACAGCGGGAGAGAAAGCAGGGAGAGCCAGUCUACUGGGACUUCUGCGGGGAGGGCCAAGGGUAUGGGCACAAGUGGGAGAAAAAUUUAUGGGAAGUCACCUGCAAAGGAAACACCUCAUCAUCCCUCACUUAUGUUGACAGAGGGGAAGUUGUCAUUCAAUGAUCGGUCCACUAAGCAAAAGGCCGAUAGUAGCAGAACAUGUGGAAAAGGAAUUGAUGAGAAGGAUCUACCUCGUUGUCCCUCUCCCAAUUUGACGAAUGGGGAGUCUUCGUUCAAUGAUCGGUCCUCUAGGGAAAAGGCAGGUGGUAGAGGAACACGUGGAAGAGAAAUUGAUAAGGAGCCACCUGCAAAGGUAAGCUCUCAUCAUCCCUCACCCAAGUCGUUAGUCAAUGACCGAUCCUCAAGAUCACUUGUAGUUCCUUUUGAGAAUGAUGUUAGCGGCAUGAAUUAUCAAAACGCUGACCCAAGCAUGUCUAUGUCACGAGCUGAGCACUUUUAUGCUGGGCGAGAAUCCACUCGCUCUGAUGAUGCCGGCAGGAUGUAUGGACCGAGCAACAGUGAAUAUUAUUCAAAUCAGAGAUGGUCAAGUGGUGGUGGUCCUCCUACCAAUUAUGGGCCUCAGAACUUGGAGUAUGCGGCUUAUACGAGGGACACUGAUAAUUACAGGCCCAGUGUCUCUGAUCCCGAAGAGAGAUUCUUGAGGGAGCAGCAGAUGCGUUCGCAGGUCCGUCUUUAUGGUCAGCAAGAUCCAACUGUAUCUCAAAGAAAUUACAUGGCAGGUAAUGAUUCUGUGUUCAGCCGGUCGGGGCCCGUGACAUCUACCUAUGGACUUCUAGGUUCUGAAUCAUCCCAGCGAGCGAACAUGUCUACGAUGCAACGAUAUGCUCCCCGUUUGGAUGAACUGAAUCCGACGAGAUUGAACAAUGCGAGGCCUGAAGCACCCGCGAUUCGUGGAAAUGGGUAUCUUGAUCUUAAUAGGAGACCGCAAUUAGGAUACCAAGGCGACUCUUUUGGCUUUGCUACUGGUCCUCGUCGGCCGUACUCUCAGAAUUCUACUCAGAAUUCUAAUGGCUGGAUUUAUGAAUAGGGUGCUUGGAUGUUUCCUUCUUCCCGUUCUCCCUCUUUCUAGAUGGUUUGACGAUGUUUCAGAUGGUUAAGUGUGUGUACUGUAUUGUUCAUAUUCUCAACGUCAACCACGAUCUAGAUAACUUGGCUUGGCUCUGAUA